AUGGCUCCCCUUCCCGCUCAUCGGCCGUGGAAGUGGGCCCUACCGCUCCCUCGAUACACUAUACCCCUCCCUCCCCUCAUCGGCUCCGGUAGUGGACCCCAUCGCUCCCGCCAUACACUAUGGCUCCCCUUCCCCCUUAUCGGCCAUGGUAGUGGGUCCUACCGCUCCCUCCAUACACUAUACCCCUUCCUCCCCUCAUCGGCCUCGGAAGUGGGUACCACCGGUCUCUCCAUGCACUAUAAAACCUUCCUCAUCUCGCCCCUCAGAAGUUGGGCCCCAAAGGUCUCCAUACAUUUUUUGGAAAGU